AUGGAUCGCGAAGAGAAACUUGAUAAACGUAUAGCCUUUACAGUGAGCGGGAAAGUCCAAGGAGUCAAUUUCCGCUGGUUCACGCAGAAGAAAGCGAGGGCACUUGGUGUUGUUGGUUGGGUACGCAAUACGGAUGAUGGAAAAGUAAAGGGUGAGGCUCAAGGUUCUGCCUCCCAAAUCGAAAGUUUACGCGCAGAUCUCAAAGAAGGGCCAUCUCAUGCAAAUGUCACAGGGUAUGAAGACAAGGAGCUGGAUUUCAAGGAGAAAGGGGUAGCCGAGGAGAGGUUUGAGGUUGUAAGGUAG